UCAAUCCCAGAUCCAAAUUGCAAACAUAUUUGAAUUCAUUUUCUCCUACAUAGUUUCAGGAUGCAUAUUUUUACUUCAUUUUUAUUCCAAUAAGAAUAUGAUUCAACCUCAACCUCUUGAUUCUUCUCAUUUUCAUCAACUCCAACAAAUUGAAAAUUGCAACUUCCAAAUUCCACCAUCAAGCAAAAAGAGCUUACCUCAAAUCCAGUCAAUAACACCAUUGGUUGAUGAGUUUUUGGAUCAAGAUUCAUCACUUAGAGAGGUUUUCUUUCCGGUGGAGACUGUAGGGAAAGGGAAUGGAAGUGAUAAUUAUUUCUACCUUGGGAGGAUUUGGUUGGAUACUGAUGGAAAUCCUAUUCAAGCUCAUGGUGGGUGCAUUCUGUUUGAUGAAAGUUCAAGCACUUAUUAUUGGUAUGGUGAAUAUAAAGAUGGACCUACUUACCUUGCUCAGAAGAACAAAGGACCUGCUCGUGUGGACAUUAUAGGAGUUGGUUGCUAUUCUUCUAAGGAUCUAUGGACCUGGAAAAAAGAAGGUUUUGUAUUAACAGCAGAGAAAACAAAUAAAACCCAUGAUCUACACAAGUUCAAUGUGCUUGAGAGACCAAAAGUUAUUUACAAUGAAAAAACAAGAAAGUAUGUGAUGUGGAUGCAUAUCGACAGCGCCAAUUACGCAAAAGCUUCUAUCGGCAUAGCAGUCAGUGAUACACCUAUCGGUCCAUUCGAAUAUCUCGGUAGCCAAAGACCGCAUGGAUAUCAAAGCAGGGACAUGACAGUUUUCCAAGACGAAGACGGCAUUGCAUAUCUAAUAUACUCAUCCGAAGGAAACAAUGUAAUGCACAUUGGACCCUUGACUGCAGAUUAUCUCAAUGUGACAUCUGUUAUGAGAAGGGCUUUCGUCGGACAGCGAAGAGAAGCACCGGCUAUGUUCAAACACAAAGGAACUUAUUACAUGAUUACAUCAGGGUGCACUGGAUGGGCACCAAAUGAAGCACUUGUUCAUGCAUCUGAUUCAAUCUUGGGGACCUGGGAAACAAUUGGAAAUCCUUGUGUAGGUGGAAACAAAAUGUUUCGAGUUUCGACUUUUCUUGCACAAAGUGCUUUUGUGCUUCCAUUAAAAAAGUUUCCUGGUUUGUUUAUCUUUAUGGCAGAUAGAUGGAAUCCAGGUGAGUUAAGAGACUCUAGAUAUGUUUGGUUGCCUUUGAUUGUUGAUGAUGGACAUGAUGAUCAAGCAUUUGAGUAUGGUUUUGGAUACAGAUUGUGGCGAAGAGUUUCUAUAUAUUGGCAUAGAAAAUGGAAGCUGCCUCUAGGUUGGAACACAGUCAAAUAAUGUAGUUUUUUUGUGUGUAUAUUUGUUUUCAAUUUCAUCAAGGAAGUAUGCUUGACUUGACUUACAGGAUAAUGUAGAACAGUAGAUGUGCGAUAUAGAUGUUCUUCACACACAUGAAGUUUUUGCGAUUGUACUAGUAAGAUUUAGUUUUGAAAUUUUGUUCUCUCAAGAUGUAAAAAAGUUUCAAUUAUGAUUUUAACUUUCUAACGGUUAAGAGUUUUAUGUUGGAUAAUAUAUGUCUUGAAUAUGUCUUUAUAAGUGAGGGCAAUUCUCAUCCUACAAGUCGGUUUUAUAGGGUUGGAUUAGAUCCAACCACCUUACUUAACACUAAUUAAAGGAGACAUCAAUGAUGAUGUAUCAAAUAUGUGCUAAAUAAUAUAAAAGUUGUUUUAAAUGCGGAUUCCAAAGAUUGCAUAAUACAAUGA